AUGCAUAAUAAGUUUAAACCUAUUAAAAUUAAUGACACAACAUUAGGAUCAACAGAAACAAAAAGCAUCCUCUUACUUACAGAAAGCCCAUCAUAAUUCAAAACAAAAUAAUAAUUGAGUCUUUAAAAGAAACUCUCAAAAUUGGAACCAUUAAUAAUAGAAAAAGAUAAUCGAAAUGAUUUAAGAAGCUAAGAAAAGCGAUUAUUAAAUGAUAUUGGUGUUAAUUAGGUUUUAGAUUGGAAAUCAUUUAUGCAAAAGGAUGCUGAAAAAAUCAAAGAAUUUAAUGAAACAACAGAGUAGCUAAGAAAAAGCUCAAUUUAAUCUUAAAAUUCACAAAUUUUCAUAUCACCAUAGAAAAAUGAUAAAUUCAAUACAUCUUAAUUUGAUGUUAAAAGAUCUUUGAUAAAUUUGAAGUCUAUUGAUAACGAUGACUUUCUCGAGAAGAUGAAACUAGGAAAGUAAGACAAAUAUUUAAAAUUUAGCAAACAGUUACCAAAUUUGACGACAACAGAAUUUAUGAAGUGCGUUAGAUAAAAGGAAAAAUUAACUGAAUAUGCAAAAGUAUAUUAACAAUUUCCAUAAAAUUUAUAUUUAAAAUUGAACAACUGUAUGAUACUUUUGUUUUAUUGAUUAGCUUAAAAUUUAGUACCAAAAACCUUUGGAUUAGUAUCUACUUAAGGAAAUGUAUUAACUCAAGUAAAUGCAUCAAGAUAUUUAAGAAGUAUUAGUGAUUGUGAAGUUUAUGCAUAAGCUAUGAAAACUUAAUAAUCACAGGGAAUAUAGAAAAUGCAAUUAAAUAACAAUAUUUAUGAUCCAAGAUAAUUUAAAGAAUUAUUAACUAGUUUUCCUAAUACAAUAAGAGAACUAGAAUUAAAAGACUGCAAACUAAAUUUUAAACAUAUAGAUACAUUGAUGACAUAUGUUAAUAAGAAUCUGAUCUUCAAAUUGAACUUAGAAUAAAAUUUACUUAGAGAUUAGGGUUGCAAUAUUUUGUUUUAAUAUCUAAUGAGCAACAAUACAUUGUAGUGCUUAAAUUUGUGUAAUAAUAAAAUAACAGAAUCUUCAAGCAUAGCAUUGAGUAAUGUUUUAAAAUAAUCCCAAAGAUUAUUUGAAUUAUAUUUAGGAUUUAAUAAUCUCUAAAUCAAUGGAGGUAUUUAAAUAUGGAAGGCAAUGUACAAGAAUACAAGUAUAAAAAUUUUAGAUAUGUCUCAUAAUGCAAUGACAUCUUUGGAAUGUGCAUAAGCAAUAGCCAAAGCAUUAUCUCGUUCUUAUAAUGAAUUAGUUCAUAUUGAUCUUAGAUAUAAUAAAUUUAAUCAGUAAUAAAGCUAAAUAAUAGCUGAGGGAAUGAUAAAAAAUGAAACUAUCUAUGGAUUUCAUUUUGAAGGCAAUUAUUAAGAUAUAAUUAUGAAUCCUAAUGGAUUUCUUAUGAAUAGAAGAGAAGAACUUAAAAUAAAAAAAUAGAAAAUAGAUUAAUUAAAUAAACAACCUUAAUACUUUAAAUUGUUGGAUGAAGAAAAAUUAGAAAAUUAUAAUAAAUUAAAAACUGAUGAUGAUUUAUGUUUAGCUUAUCUUAGAAGCAGAAGAAUGAAAUCUACUGAAUUAAAUAAAUAAAAAGUAAAUAUGAUAAAUAAAUUGGAUGUUUGUUGGAUAUGUGAAGGUUGGUAAGAAAUUAAAUUUUAAUGGAAUCCUAAAUCAGGACCCUUGUAAACUGAGCCAAUUUUUAUACAUUUUGAUUUCGAUGAUUACAAACCAUAUUUAAUGACUUUUUUAAAUAAAGAGUUCUUCUUUGUUAAGAUGUGUCCUCCUAAUACAUCUAUCAAAUAUUUUUUUACAAAUCCUAUUUUAGGAAUUUAAUGUAUUGCAGAAGAUCAAAAUGUAUUAUCUUUACAUUAAGCACUUCCAUCUAUUCCUUUUCUAUACAACAAUGAAAUUUUAGUUGAUGGAAACACUAUGACAAUGAUUAAUGAACUAAUAACAAAUAACAAUCAAAUUUUAUUUGAUAGAUAUGUACCUUUAAUAUAAGUUAAACCAAGAGAAACUAUGGUAUUAUUUGAUUUUUCUCCAUAUUUGAAUAUUGCUUCUACUAAAUGGUCUGUAGAAACAUCAAUAUUUAGAUACUUUCCACCUGAUACUGAUUAAUUAAUAGAAGAAUGUUUUGAAUUUGAUUACUAAAAUUCUAAAAUAAAUAGACUAGUUAAAGAAACAGAAUUAUAAGAUGUCAAAGAAAUAUUAAAGUAAUUCUAUUUUUAACUAUUUAAUUGUUAUAAAUAUUUUGCAUCAGGAAACCCAACUGCUCCUGUAUAUAAUAUUUAUAAUAUUUUAGAUACCAUGUUUAGGACCUACUGA